GCAGGAGUUGCCAUUGUAAACAAGGAUUGAUUGUGGUGGCUGAGGUGGGCUCUUUUGUUGGGAAUUAUUUGCCAAAUUUGUGAUUUCUGCCAUGUUAUGUGUCUGUUGAGGCAGUUGAUAUAGACCGAAUAGCCCCCAAAGAUGAGUUAUAACAGAGGCCGAGGGUUUGGUUUUGGAGGCUUUUCAUUUGCCAGAAAACAAGAGGCAAUUCCACCGCCACCCAAUGCCACCCUUAGCAAGCAUGGCUAUCACACAAUGACAGCCAUUAGCCAAAAUGCAAUUUCUGGAGGAUGCGGCUAUGGCCAACCCCGCAAGAGACCAAGGGAUGAGGAUGAGUAUUUUGACGAUGAGGAUGAAAGCUUUGAGGGUGCAUAUCAGCCUGCCCCUGGCAGCCCAGGACCUCAGAGAAAGGAUUCCUCAGAUUCUGAUGAAGAUCCACUGGAUGCCUUCAUGGCUGGAAUUGAACAGGAGGUUAAAAGAACUAAAGGCAAAGGCGCAGGAGACAAAAAAGAAAUAAAAGGGGUCCGAGAUGACAUAGAUGAAGAGGAUGAUGAAGAAUCGUACUACAGAUACAUACAGGAGAACCCCAAUGCUGGAAGGCAACAAGAGGAUAGCGAAGAUGAGAUAGAAUAUGACGAAGAUGGAAAUCCUAUUGCUCCAAAGAAACCAAAGUAUAUAGAUCCACUGCCACCUAUUGACCACAGCACCAUCGAGUAUUCAGAAUUUACGAAAAACUUCUAUCAAGAGCAUGAGGAUAUUGCUGCUCUUUCACCCUCUCAGGUUCAUGAGCUGAGAAACAAGCUAGGGAUUAAGGUUACAGGUUUUGAUGCCCCUAAGCCAGUUACCAGUUUUGGUCACUUUGGCUUUGAUGAAGCCCUGAUGAAAGCCAUUCGUAAAUCCGAUUACACUCAACCUACUCCUAUUCAGUCCCAGUCAGUUCCAAUUGCAUUAAGUGGAAGAGAUGCUAUUGGCAUUGCAAAAACUGGCAGUGGUAAGACUGCAGCCUUUAUUUGGCCAAUGCUGGUACAUAUUAUGGAUCAGAGAGAGUUAGCACCAGAAGAAGGGCCAAUUGGUCUAAUUUUGGCACCCACCCGCGAGCUGGCACAGCAGAUUUAUACUGAGGCCCGAAGAUUUGGCAAAGUUUAUAACAUCCAGGUUGGUGGAGGCAGUGGAGGAGGUGUGGCAGUAGGCCCAGCUAGUCAAGCAUAUGGAGGGGGUGACCCUAGCAUGACAGGCCCUGCUACUAAUCGUCUUGCUGCUAUGAAAGCUGCAUUUCACUCACAGUACAAGAACCAGUUUACUGCUGCCAGUGCAGAUACAUCUUGGACAUUAGGUGAUGUUAAGACUGUUCAAAAUACACCACAACGAGAACGUAAGAGAAAGUCCAGAUGGGAUGAUUAAAUGUCAUGCUGCAAUUCUUUUAAUAAUUAACAUUUUAAUUUGUAGUUGUCAUUUUUAGAUAUAAGCAUCAUAGGUGAAAUCCAUCAUAAAAAUCUAAUAAAUUUGCAUUAACAUCACAAACUGACAUUUCAAUUUGCAAAUUCCUGCAGAUAACCCAGAAAUGGUAUAUUCUUUAAAAAACUGAAACCUGGUUAAAUUGAAAUGUAUGCACUUUGCGCUACUUCCAGGUAUUACAAGUAUGCGAAAGUUGGGAUGCUUAGGGCCUCACUUCUUUAGUCACAUGGAUGGAAAUGGGUCUUGAAAAGUCAGUCUGUGCUGUCAUGAUUACCGAGACAUUCAUUGUAAUGCUAAAAGUAUAUUGAUCAGUGAGAAAAUUUUUGUUAAUUCCAUCUCAAGAACCAGAUGAAUACUGAUAAUUGACAGCAACUUAAAAAAAAAAUUACAUGAAAACAAACACACAAAAACACACACAAAAAUAAACACACACACACAGAAAUAGAAGUAUGUCAACAGUGUUACUUGUGUAGUACAGUGAUACAGUUAUUUCCCUGCCACAUUAUAGUAAGGGUCCCUUGCUAGCCAUGAUGUCAUGAGACUCUUCACAUGUGAGCCUUGGCUACAGGCCUCCCUCUCACUUCCUCACUAGAUAUAGAAUGGUAGACAGGCGACUUGGUCUCCUCCUCUCAAGACUGUAUAAUAUAAAUAAACACACACACAUGUAUGUACAUAUAUAUUCUUCUUGCAACAAACUGCCAUAUUCCACCAAGGCAGGGUGGCCCAAAAUUUAGUAAUAUAUACUACAAGAGAAGGGGUUACUAGCCCCUUGCUCCCAGCAUUUUACUUGCUUCUUACGACACGCAUGGCUUACAGAGGAAGAAUUCUGUUUCACUUCUCUGUGGAAUAUAUGUACAGUAUUUAUAUAUACAGUGGAACCUUGGUAAUCAAACAGGCCUGUACUCGAACAAUUUGGUACUCAAACGCUUUGUUCGGUAAAAAAAAUCGCUCGGUAGUCGACCGUUUGCUCGGCCCUCUACCAAACAAACAAGACCUGCCAGAGCAUGUGUGUCAGUCUCCUCGCAGCUGUCGUUCAGUCCAGAACUCCGCUGAACUUCAUUGUAAACUAUUUCAUGUUUCUUAGCAUUUUUGGGUGAUUUUUUAUAUUGUAUAAAUAAGUCACCAUGGGGCCUAAGAAGAUUAGUGAUAAGUCAACAACAAAGAAAAUUGGUUAGAAUGUGGUUGCCCUGAUGUAAACACUUCCUCUUCCUCUCUAUAUAAUAUGCCUUUUAUUAAUUUUGGCAUCUUUAUUGUGCUUCCAGAUUAUCUAUUGUGUUUCUGAUAUCAUCUUGGAAUAAAUGUGAUAGAUAACCAUUAUUACUAAUAUUAGUGUCAUUACACAACAAUGUAUUAGCACCACCGCUAGUAUCUGGCUAUCAAGAUGACUCAUCAGAUACUGAAUGCUCCUUCUGCUGGCCCCUCCCUCUCUCUCCUAUGGCUCCUCCCACUUCGGGCUACUCUUAUAUUACACUUGCUUUCCAUUUUGAAUUUUUAUUCACACCAAAAAUAGAAGAUUUACUGUUAUGCAGACUACUGCAUUUUUGAAAAUGGUAUAAAUAAUAUCAUCACAUUUGUGAAAGCAUAUUAGACCCACCAGUUGACGUGUAUUGGACGUGUGACAUGAUUUGUUUACUCUUGAACAUCAGCAAAAAUCAAACAUUACUGCUACUUUGAGCUCAAUUUCAAGGUACUUUUAGCCUGUAAAUCAUUCACAAUCAUCUCUAUUAUUGUAAUAUAUCUUUCAUUCUAUCAAAUGAGACCAAGAAAACGAGAAUACAAUCGUAAAUACCAUACGAAAAUACACAAAGUCGCUGUAAGUUUAUUUUUGGGGGUCUGAAAUGGAUUAAUAAUUUACAUUAUUCCUUAUGGGAAAAAUUUGUUCGGUACUCGAACAGCCUUCCGGAAUGAAUUAAGUUUGAGUGCCAAGGUUCCACUGUAUGUCUUCUUUCAACAAACUGGCCGUUUCCCACCUAGGCAGGGUGGCCCAAAAAGAAAAAACAAAAGUUUCUCUUUUUAACUUUAGUAAUGUAUACCGGAGAAAAGGUUACUAGCCCCUUGCUCCUGGCAUGUUAGUCCCCUCUUACGACACGCAUGGCUUAUGGAGGAAGAAUUCUGUUCCACUUUCCCAUGGAGAUAAGAGGAAAUAAACAACUAGAACUAGUAAGAAAAUGGAAGAAAACCCAGAGAGGUGUGUAUACAUAUGCUUGUACAUGCAUGUGUAGUGUGACCUAAGUGUAAGUAGAAGUAGCAAGAUGCACCUGAAAUCUUGCAUGUUUAUGAGACAGAAAAAAGACACCAGCAAUCCUACCAUCAUGUAAAACAAUUACAGGCUUUCAUUGUACACUCACUUGGCAGGAUGGUAGUACCUCCCUGGGCAGUUGCUCUCUACCAGCCUACUACCUUCAUGUAUUUCUAUAUACUAUAUAUAUAUUUAUUUAUUUAUUUAUAUAUACCUGUAAUUGUUUUACAUAAUGGUAGGAUUGAUGGUGUCUUUUUUCUGUCUCAUAAACAUGCAAGAUUUCAGGUACAUCCUGUUACUUCUAUUUACAUUUAGGUCACACUACACAUGUAUGUACAAGCAUAUAUAUACACAUACCCCUCUGGGUUUUCUUCUAUUUCGUUACUAGUUCUAUUUCUUGUUCAUUUCCACUUUUCUCCAUGGGGAUGUGGAAAAGAAUUCUUCCUCUGUGAGUCAUGUGUGUUGUAAGAGGUGACUUAAAUGCCAGGUGCAAGGAGCUAGUAACCCCUUCUCCUGUAUAUAUUACUAAGUGUAAAAGGAGAAACUUUUGUUUUUCUUUUUGGGCCACACCACCUAGGUGGGAUUUGGCCGGUUUGUUGAAAGAAAAAAAGUACAGUGGACCCCCGCAUAGCGAUAUUAAUCCGUGCAAGAGAGCUCAUUGUUAUGCGAAAUUAUCGUUAUGCGAAUGAAUUUUCCCCAUAAGAAAUAAUGGAAAUCAAAUUAAUCCGUGCAAGACACCCAAAAGUAUGAAAAAAAAUUUUUACCACAUGAAAUAUACAUUUUCCUACACACAAAGAGAAGGAUACAUGCACAAUAGUAGAGUAGUACAUGCACAAUAUAUAUUGUGCAUGUACUACUCUACUAAAUGAAGAAUAAAUGACACCUUUAUUGAAGAUGCAGCAAUGACUGAUGAGACACUGUGUCCUGGGAGUGCCUUUUCCUCCUGAGUACUGUAGGUCCUGUUUGGCAUUUUCUUCCAGAACAGGCCUUAUCACACUGUGUAUGCCACUACGAUUCUUAAAUCUCCCAAACCAACCUUUGCUGGCUUUAAAUUCACCAAUAUGAGCGCUAGUUCUAGGCAUUUUUCCCUGUUCACCUGGGUGUUAGUCGACUGGUGUGGGUUGCAUCCUGGGAAACAAGAUUAAGGACCCCAAUGGAAAUAAGUUAGACAGUCUUCGAUGACACUGACUUUUUUGGGUUAUCCUGGGUGGCAAAUCCUCUGGGGUUAAUUGUUUCUUGGUAUUCUCAAUAAGCCACACCAGCAACUGUGCUACAGCAGCAGCAGCAGCAGCUGACAGUGCUAUAGCAGCAGCAGACGAUGCUACAGCAGCAGCAGACGAUGCUACAGCAGCAGCAGAUGGUACUACAGCAGCAGCUGACGGUGGUACAGCAGCAGCAGCAGCUGACAGUGCUACAGCAGCAGCAGACGAUGCUACAGCAGCAGCAGACGAUGCUACAGCAGCAGCAGACGAUGCUACAGCAGCAGCAGACGAUGCUACAGCAGCAGCAGACGGUACUACAGCAGCAGCAGACGGUACUACAGCAGCAGCAGCAGCAGCUGACGGUGGUACAACAGCAGCAGCAGCUGAUGGUGCUACAGCAGCAGCAGCAGCUGACAGUGCAGCAGCAGCAGCAGCAGCUGACGGUGGUACAGCAGCAGCAGCAGCUGUACCACCAAUAGUAGCGAUGGUUGAUUGGGGUUUAUUAUACAACCUGGCCAGCUCGGAGAUACGCACUCCACUUUCAUACUUAUCAAUGAUCUUUUUCUUCAUCUCUAUAGUAAUUCUUACCCUUAUUGCUGUAGGGUUGGCACUAGAAGCUUUCUUGGGGCCCAUGGUCACUUAUUUUGCAGAUAAAAUCACCAAAAACACUGUAAUAAUACGAAAUGUUCCGAUCAUAUGCUUGGAUGUUACCGCGGAGGCUGGCUGGUAAACAAUGCCACUGGCGGAACAUGUGAGCAUGGCUCAGGCCGCACAUAGACGCGUCUCGGACGAACAGCAUUGAGCGGGUUUUUUAGCGGUAUGCAAGGCAAAAUCUUAGCGAUAAAAUGUAGCUGUAUGCGGAUUUAACGUUAUGUAAGGCCAACGGUAUGCGGGGGUCCACUGUAUAUAUGUAUAUACAUAUAUAUAUAUUUUAACAUGUCGGCCAUUUCCUACUGAGGCAGGGUGACCCAAAAAGAAAGAAUAUUUUUACACAAACACACAUACACACAGCAAUAUAUAUUUGUUAUCUGAGAUAAUAUUCAGAUAAAAGUGGUAUUAAGAAGUUGCUAACACUAGAAGUAUUAAUGAAUAAUGAUAAAAUUAAUGUAGUAGACCUACUUGAGAGAUGACAAAGGAUAGGUGGUGGCAUGAAAUUCUAGCAACAUAACAAAUUAAGACGUACCCAAAAUUAUGUAUAUACAUUAUAUAUAUAUAUUCUACAGCUGUACUGUAUUUCAUUGUUCUAGAUAAAGUUUUAUGAGUGGUUUAAUACUGGACUGUUUCAGAUAUACUGUUGCUUAUCAUAACUUCAUGUCAGUGAAUACGUAUGUACUUUCUUAUAGAAAUCAUCUGUGAUGUGUAUAGGAGUAUUAUACAUAUAAACCAGAAUUUCCCCAA